UAAUGCUUUAGGUAUUAAGAAAGCUUUGUUUCCUUGUGCCUUUUGAAUAUGACAUUUUAGUAACUCAUUGUCAUCUAUGAGAAGAGACUUAAGACUCUGUCUUGUCUUCUUUUUUUUCCUUCCAGUGGGAUUCUGGAAGAACUGCGAGAUAAGCUUCCAUUCUUUAAGCAUAUUCUGCAUAACCGAAGUUCUGGCUAACAGGAGAAGCCAAUCCAGUCACCAUGAGUUGGAGCUUCCUGACUCGACUGCUAGAGGAGAUCCACAACCAUUCCACAUUUGUGGGGAAGAUUUGGCUCACCAUAUUGAUAGUUUUCCGGAUAGUCCUCACUGCUGUGGGUGGGGAGUCUAUCUACUAUGACGAGCAGAGCAAAUUUGUAUGCAACACAGAACAGCCCGGCUGCGAGAAUGUCUGCUAUGACGCUUUUGCCCCACUGUCCCAUGUCCGCUUCUGGGUAUUCCAGAUCAUCCUUGUGGCCACCCCCUCGGUGAUGUAUCUCGGCUAUGCCAUCCACAAGAUUGCCAAGAUGGAACAUGGUGAGGCAGACAAGAAGGCAUCAAGAAGCAAGCCCUACGCAAUGCGCUGGAAGCAGCACCGGGCCCUGGAAGAAACUGAGGAGGACCACGAGGAGGACCCCAUGAUGUAUCCGGAGAUGGAGUUAGAGAGUGAGAAAGAGAACAAGGAGCAGAGUCAGCCAAAACCCAAGCACGAUGGUCGGCGGCGGAUUCGGGAAGAUGGCCUCAUGAAAAUCUACGUGCUACAGUUGCUAGCAAGGACUUUGUUUGAGGUGGGCUUCCUGGUGGGGCAGUAUCUUCUCUACGGCUUCCAGGUCCGCCCAUCUUACGUGUGCCGCAGAAUCCCCUGCCCUCAUGAAAUAGACUGCUUCAUUUCUAGGCCUACCGAAAAGACCAUCUUCCUGCUAAUAAUGUACGGUGUGACAGGCCUCUGUCUGAUCCUCAACAUUUGGGAGAUGCUCCAUUUGGGGUUUGGGACUAUACGUGACUCACUAAAUAGCAAAAAGAGAGAACUGGAAGAUUCGGGUGCUUAUAACUAUCCUUUCACUUGGAAUACUCCAUCCGCGCCACCUGGCUAUAACAUUGUGGUCAAACCAGAUCAGAUCCAGUACACCGAACUGUCCAAUGCAAAGAUCGCCUACAAGCAGAACAAGGCCAACAUUGCUCAGGAGCAGCAGUAUGGGAGCAAUGAGGAGAACCUUCCUGCAGACCUCGAGAUGCUGCAGCGGGAAAUCAAAGUGGCCCAGGAACGCCUGGAUCUGGCCAUCCAGGCCUACAACCACCAGAACAAUCGCCACGGCCCCCGGGAAAAAAAGUCCAAAGCUGGGUCCAAAGCCGGGUCCAACAAAAGCAGUGCCAGUAGCAAAUCUGGGGAUGGGAAGAAUUCUGUCUGGAUUUAAUCUUGGCUGGGCUUAUAACUUGGGCUUCUCGUUUAUGGUAAGCAGUGAGCGGCUCACUGAAUAAUGACUUCCAUUGAGUAAACAUUUGGCUCUGGUUAUCUUCAGGGAUGUUUAGCGUUGGCUGGUGAUCCGAGCUCAGGGGGACUUGGGGCCGGGAGGGGGGGACUGGGGAGUGGGAGAGAAGGGAAAACAAAGCGUUCCCAGGCACGUGUUCUCAGCAAUAACACGGUUGCAGAACUUUACCCUUGUGUCUUCCAGAUCUGGAAAAGAACAGAUAUAUUUAAAUCAUUCUUGUUGAAGAGUUUUCUAUGUACAGUAUUAUGGUACGUUUUUAGUAUGCUAAUUUUCUUUUGUAUUUGUACAUUUGACCUCUGCAGUUAUACUUUUAUAUUAAAGGAAAAAAAGCUGUAAUAGAUAACGCCUAGCAUUUGGCUAGUGUUAUUACUUUGGUGAGCAGACUUUUACCAUGUGUUUAAAGUUAUAAUAGAUGCGAUUCUUAAUAAAAGUGCCUCAUGCUGUAGGGAGAAUUUCAGUUCUAGUGGGAGGCCAAGAAGGAGCCCUGAGUUUGCAGAUUUGAAAAGAAAACCCUGCAGCAGUGUGGGCCAAGUUCCCUUACUCUUCCCCUACAGAACAAACCCAGGU